GCAGCGGGAUCUGCUCAGUAGGCAGCAGCAAGUGCAGCCAAGACGAGCGGACUCUGCGCUGCUUCGUGAGGGAACACCGCACUGAUGAGGGGACCGUCGCUGAGAACCGUCUCACAUUACUCCUGCUGAUUACCGUGACACAUCCAUCAACGCGUCCCUCCGCCUUCCGCCGGGAUUUCACCGCCGCUGAGAGGGUCUGUCUUUCGGAGGACGUGCUUGUUUUUCUUUUUCCUCCGGGAGGCUGAAUGGAAGCAGCAGCCGAGGGAGCGGUCGGGCUGUCGGAGGCCGGGGAAGGGAGCCCUCUAUCCGGGGCCACAGCAUCCGAUGAUGGGGAGACGGUUGUGGGAGUCAGCUACGGGAUGGACGCCGCAGACAUGGAUGCAGCUGCCAGGAAAGCCUUCAUCACAGAGAUGCCCUCAUCUUCAGGCCAGCCUGGUCAAGGAAAGAAGAUUGGCCACAGAGGGGUGGACGCCUCAGGAGAAACUACGUACAAGAAGACCACAUCAUCGGCGUUGAAAGGUGCCAUCCAGUUGGGAAUCGGUUACACAGUCGGCAACCUGAGCUCCAAGCCGGAGAGAGAUGUGUUGAUGCAAGAUUUCUACGUGGUGGAAAGCAUCUUUUUCCCCAGUGAAGGGAGCAACCUCACUCCAGCCCAUCAUUUCCCAGACUUCCGCUUUAAGACGUACGCUCCUGUGGCCUUCCGCUACUUCAGAGAACUGUUCGGCAUCAGGCCGGACGACUACCUGUACUCCCUCUGUAACGAGCCUCUGAUCGAGCUGUCCAACCCCGGAGCGAGCGGCUCCGUCUUCUACCUUACGAAGGACGACGAGUUCAUCAUCAAAACCGUGAUGCACAAGGAGGCUGAGUUCUUACAGAAGCUGCUGCCUGGAUACUACAUGAACUUGAAUCAGAACCCUCGUACGCUGCUGCCCAAGUUUUUUGGCCUCUACUGUGUCCAGUCGGGCGGGAAGAACAUCCGCGUGGUGGUCAUGAACAACGUGCUGCCCCGCGUGGUCCGCAUGCACCUCAAAUUUGACCUGAAGGGCUCCACCUACAAGAGGCGAGCGUCGAAGAAGGAGAGGGAGAAGGCCAAGCCCACGUUCAAAGACCUGGACUUCAUGCAGGACAUGCCGGACGGACUGAUGCUGGACCAGGACACAUACAACGCCAUGGUUAAAACUCUACAGAGAGACUGUCUAGUGCUGGAAAGCUUUAAGAUCAUGGACUACAGCUUGCUGCUCGGGGUCCACAACAUGGACCAGGCGGAGAGGGAGAGGCAGAUGGAGGGGUCACAGGGCGGCAGCGACGAGAAGAGGCCCGUGGCCCAGCAGAAGGCCCUCUACUCCACCGCCAUGGAGUCCAUCCAGGGCGGCGCCGCCUGCGGAGGGUCCAUCGACACUGACGACACGAUGGGUGGCAUUCCAGCGGUAAAUGGAAAAGGAGAAAGGCUUCUUCUCUACAUCGGCAUCAUCGAUAUUCUACAAUCCUACAGGCUAAUAAAGAAACUGGAGCACACGUGGAAGGCUUUGGUUCACGAUGGGGACACCGUGUCGGUCCACCGACCGGGUUUCUACGCCGACAGGUUCUUCAAGUUCAUGAGCAGCACGGUGUUCAAGAAGAGCUCAUCUCUGAAGUCCUCUCCGUCUAAGAAGGGCCGCGUGUCGUUGUCGGUGCCUAAAUGCACCGGUCCUGGAGCGGCGUGGUCCGCCAGCCAGCUCGCCUCCGAGAGGGACGAGAACAUCUACGACCUGAGAGGAGCCCGCAGCUUCCCAACGCUGGAGGACGAAGGUCGACCAGAUCUUCUUCCUUGUACUCCGCCGUCGUUUGAGGAGGCCACCACGGCGUCGAUCGCCACCACUCUUUCGUCCACAACGUCUUUGUCCAUCCCUGAAAGAUCUCCGUCUGACACGGCAGAGCAUCCGCGCUACAGGAGGCACACCCAGUCUCUCAGCCACGACGGAAGGACCCAGGAGGAGCUGCGUGUGCGCGAGGAGGACCAGCAGACCAUCACGGUGGAGGUGGAGCUGAAGAGACACGACAGCGAGCCGACCAUCUCCGCCCCGCAGCACUCACCUGACGCCAGCGAGCCUCUUGCCGCAGCCGACGCAGAAGAGGCCACGGCGCCCUCGACCUCUCCGGCGUGUCCGGUGGCGGAGGCGGCAUCCUCCACCGCCCCGGCUGCCGGUCCGUCUCCACCAGAGCCUGCCGAGGAAACCCCGCCCAAGCCCGAGAUGGUGGUGGUGGAGCCCGACGGGGCCAGCCAGAUGUCCGGAUCGGGCUGCACCAGCCAGGCUUCGGUCGACGAUGACGACGACGUGCCGGUCUCAGAUAUCUACUUCCCUCCAGAGGACAGGACCUGGGUGUACUCUCCGCUACACUAUGGCUCAGAGUCUAAGACCGUGCCAGAUGGGGAUUGGGAAAGAGAGACAUAAACCCUGUUUCUGUGGUGGAGAGAGAGACGGAGGGAGAGAGAAGGAGGGGAGUGAACGUCUCAGAAGAGAAGACUCAUCAGUCUGAGGUCCAGACCACAACAGCAGAAGCACGAUCUCUGCGUGCAGCAGGAUUGUAAGCAUAUCCGGAGGAAAAAGUGACAUGAACACCUGAGGAGUGAGGGGAAAAAAAAGAAAAAGAAAAAAAAACAACACCUGACAGUGAUGACUUCACUGAUGUCCAACCAUCCCUGCCUUUCACCCUCGACAGAUGAAAUUCAUUAUAUCGAUUUAAGGAUUUAUCUCUGUAUAUGUGUGACAUAGUCUGUGAAAGGCUGUAGUAGUAUAUGUUUGACAUACAUGCAACACCACUUCUCAAUCAGCCCCUCUUAACAGACUUUAAACAGAUUUUCUCACUGAAUCUACAGAGGCCGGGAGGUUUUGGAAACACACAAAACCUACUUUGUUUACAUAUCCGUACUCCUACGCUCUGAUGCGUUUAGGCAUCCGCAGUAUACAAGACAGCUAAUUAGGCGCAGUUUUUUUUUGUAAAGACAAGUGUGAAGAAGGCAGGUGACACAUUUCAGAGGUUCACCUUUAAGAAGUGCUCUCUUCAAGCACCACUUUUACAUUUGAGUCAACGUUGUUGGGUCUUAACAGAUUUAACGCGCUCUUUCCAGCAAUGUCACCAUGGUUUUUAUGUCCGAGGGUCCGGGGUCAUUUCACCGUUUCGCAUGUUAAUUUUGCGCCUGCCGGAGGAUUCUUCAAACCCAUAAUUAAAGGUUAUUUUAUGGACGGCUCAGCAACCUCUGCACUCAAUUUUGCUUAUUAGGGCAACAAAACCUAACUGGUCCUCUAAUAGACGGCUCAUCGGGUUUUGCACCUGCAAUGUUACAUUUUUAGGUUGCAGGACAUACGACGUACUUCUAAAAAGAGAAAAACGAUCAGUUUUCUUGAAUGUAACAUUUGACAUUAAUGGAAGUAGAGAAGGAAGAAAGAUAGUUUGAGACCAAACGACAGAAAAAUAUAUGAUUGAAUAAAUAAAAUAAAAUGAAACAUCACAAUCAAUCUAACUAGAGCGAUUACUAUGGAAAACCAACCAACCAGCUUUGCCAAUGCAGGUUCCUACCUUGGCAAGGGAUGGGAAUUAAACCACAGUUUCUGUCAAAGAUUAGACCUGUCCUAAUAUAACCACCAGAGCCUGCAGUGAUCCAUUUGACUGCAACUUUUUUCCCCCCACAUUGUGUCUUAACAACUCAAAAAAAUUUUACUUGGAUGGUAUUUGAUAUAUGUCUGUUGCAUAUUGUGCAGUGGAAGGUAAAUUGAUACAUGAUUUAGAAAAUAUUGUUUGAAUAAGUCUGGAAAUCGUGGCGUGCAUACGAGUCUAGCUCCGUGUAAUCAGUUGUUCAACUAACAUGUAAACAAGGCCCAUCUGUGUGUAAUUUAAUCUUCAAUCUCAGUGUACAUACUUUUGCCAAGGCACUGCCAAAAAAAAAGUCCUCAUUAGAUCAAACAAAGAAAACAACCAUCUCCAAAUGGCGAACUGCGUAAGUGCUCGUCACACGAAAGGUUUCCGAGCGAAACAGCUCUUAGGUCGACCACAGCCUCGUGUCCGGCCAAGCGCUCCGGCUGAGAGCCUCUUUAGCUCCAAAUGUUGCGGCGGGCUUAAUGUGGUGUAAACUCGAAACAGAUUUGAGAGAAUUCAGUGAGAAAACCUGCAGGGCUCUGCAUCAAAAACCAUCAGCAGCGCAUUUCUGUCAUCCGCACAUUCCUAGAAGAGGAAAAAUAUGCAGCGUAGUUUAUAAGAGAAGGAGCAAAACGGGAGGUUUAGCUAAAAUUCUUAGUGAAUUUACACAAUAGAUGUAAUUUAUACUUAAUUUAUAAUAGUUUCUCCAUAUCUUUCUUUAAGUGUGUUCCACUUUAGGAUUCGCCCAAUAGUGGGGGGGGGGCGGUUUCCUUUACAAAAAGCUUUCUUAAAUGCACCCAAAGAGCUUUGAUUUUAGCCGUUUAAAUGCAGUGUUGGUACAUUUUUCAGUGCGCUGAAACAAACGGGGAUUUUUCUUCCACACAGCUGACGUCAAUCGCCACAUAGAAGCUACAGACAUUGUCAUGAGAGAGGAUUUUUUUUUUAAACUCCAUUGCAGUGUCUUCCAGUUGGAGCCCCACCUUUUGGACAAAUGCACAAAAAAAAAAGGAUUCAGAGUUCGAACGGUGGAUGAUGGGGGGGUAAAUAUCAGUGACAUGUUUCCUCUUAGCAAUCCCCUCCUCGCAUCAGAAACCCACCGAGUGAACGGUUCCGACGUUUUGUAGUUGUAGACUAUCAGUUGUAGUGUUUGCAGUCAAUAUCGUAGCUGUUAUCUGUAUAUUUGGAUGAAAGCACUACAUUGCCAUGUUGACGCAGUUUGUGAAUGAGCUAAACUUUGUUUGCACUUAAUACGGGGACCUGAGCGAUGAACCAGUGAUAGAGGCCAAAUAAAACACGCACCACAUUACGCAGAAGUCAUACAGCUGCAUCUCAGUAAACGAGAACAUUGUCAAAAAGUUUGGGGGGGGGGUUGGUACAUUUUGAAAUGUACUUCAAAUGUGUAUUUCUCUGUUUAAAUUUGAAGGUUAUGGUUUGCAGAAAAAAAUAAAUCCAGUUUCUGUAAAUUGACACAAGAUUCAAUAAUGCAGAUGACCUGAAGGCCUUUAUGAAAGACUUCCAUCACACAUGCGCAGAGCCAGGGGUUGAUCGCUUCCAUGCUACGCCGCAUUGACACAGUAACUUUUGCAAAGAAAACCUUUGCUUUUCAUUCAUACACUACACAGUUCAUGUAGAAGCUGUUCGUUUGGGCAUCAACUGCUUUAUUUUUCUUUUUUUGUCAUACAUAACUUGAGUUUGAACUUUAGCUGAAACCCAUAAUCAUCAAAAUUACCACAAAUAAACACAUGAAAUACACCACUGUGCGUGUAAUGAACCCAUUUACAACAGGAAAGUCACAGCUUACUGAAAUAAAUGAACCGUAAUGUUCCGAUUUACUGAGAUGCACUUGUAGUUGUUUUUUUUCUCUCUCUCUCUCUCACACACACAGAUGCUGACAUUUAUUUUACAACUGUGUGUGCGUGUGUGUAUCAUUUUAAAUGUUAGUGUCUGCUGUAGGGUCUGUGCUUCAUAUCUUUGGGUUUCAACUUAAAAAUAUUUUUGCAAACUCAAGAGCGACUUCCUUCCUUCAGUCGGUUUCUACAUGCGCUCGUGAGCGUAAAGGAGGACCCGUCGACGUCUGCGAUGCAAAACAGAAAUCGGUUUGUUCUCCUGAUGUGCAGUGGCCAGUUAUCAGUUUGCUGUUCGUCAGAUGAAGACCACAGCAGCAUUUUUUUAUUUUUGUACAGUCUGUUGUUUGUUUUUUUCGCCUUAUCUGAAAGUUUUACACGUGGGUCUAUUGUUUAUUAUAUAUAUCUUUUUUUCCACCUGUAUUUAUUUUUUUUUCCUUCCUCGUUGCUGUUUUCUUGAGAAUAUGUACAUAAAUCUAUAAAUACAUAUAUAAAGAUAUACAAAUAUAUUUUCCAUUUGAAUCGGAGAAUCUUAUUUUUAUUUGGUUUUAUUUUUGCUGCUGGGUAAGAAGCGAUUGCAUGGCUGCAAUCUACAUAAUUUAAACCACAUUCUUCAGUGUGUCUGUCAAGAUGCAGCUGCUGUGCAUCGGCGGCGCGUCAAACCCACAGCUGUUCCUUUGUAUGAUUUCUGAAACUGAAAGACUUGUGGGUUUUUAUCGUACAUGCAAAUCGAAUAGGGAUUCUUCCAACUGUUCAAGCCGUGUCGUGUUUGUGUUCUCAAAUCGCCGUGUGCCCUCGUCCGAUAGGGAGAGUCCGUUGCAGAAGACAUAGCAUGAUUUCACAAAUAAAUAUGCAUAUCAGAAACGUGUAUUUUAUGUAUAUCUGUGUACAUUCAUCUAUUUAUAUAUGGGAGUAAAUAGAUGGCUGUGUGUGUGCGUGUGUUUGGACUCAAUCAGAAUGAAUAUGAAAUAAAGCAGUUCUAUGAAUUGUCCAUG